AUGAAGGCGAUCUCAGUAGCUAUCUUAUUGCUUGCACUAUCUUACUCUGCUAAUGCAGGUCACAAUGCCAACGCAUGGCGAAACAAAGUCAUCUAUCAGGUUUUAGUCGACCGUUUUGCCGGCUACAAUUCUAAUUCAUGGAGCUCUUGUAAAGAUUUAAAGGGUUACUGUGGUGGCAGCUUCAAAGGUUUAAAGCAGAAAUUAGGAUAUAUCAAAAAUAUGGGAUUUGAUGCCGUUUGGAUUUCACCUGUUGUAGAAAACACCGAUUUAGGUUACCAUGGUUAUUGGGCUAAAGAUAUUUAUAAGAUUAAUUCUCACUAUGGUACAUCUCAAGAACUAAAAGACUUGGUAAAUGAGGCUCACAAGCAGGGAGUUUGGAUUAUGUUGGAUGUUGUUGCCAAUCAUAUGGGCUAUGGAGACAUUAGCACCUUCUACCCAUUCGAUCGUAAUGAACAUUAUCACCCUGCCUGUGAAAUUAACAACUGGGGUAACCAAUGGGAGGUUGAAAACUGCCGUCUUGCUGGUUUACCUGAUCUUAAACAAGAAAAUAACUUUGUCAAAAAUGAAUUGAAAUACUGGGUCAGCUGGAUCGUCAAGGAAUAUAACUUUGAUGGUAUUCGCAUUGAUACUAUCCCAGAGAUUCCAGUUUGGUUCUGGUCUGAAUUCCAUACUUCUGCUAACGUUUUCACAAUUGGAGAAGCUUUUAAUGGUUUCGUAGACUAUUUGAAGAAAUAUGUACCUCCUUUGGAUUCAGUUUUGAACUACCCCAUGUACUACGCUUUCAAAGACGUAUACAUGUACAAACAAUCCAUGACUAGAAUCCGUGAUGUCUUAAACGAAGAAUAUAGCAAAUUCUCCGAUGUUCAAUUACUCGGUCUCUUCUUGGACAACCAUGAUGUUCCGCGUUUCUUGUACUUCAAUAACGAUUGGACUUUGUUGAAGAACAACUUGGCUUGGAUCUUGCUUGGUGAGGGUAUCCCAAUUGUAUACUAUGGUACCGAACAAGCUUAUGCUGGUGGUAAUGAUCCAAAUAAUCGUGAAUCUUUGUUUCCAAAUUUCAACCAGAAUCACUGGAUGUAUGAUUACAUCAAAACAAUCAAUGACUACCGUAAAACUGUAAUCAACUACAACGGCCAGGCUUAUGUUGAAAGAUAUGUUAGCAACGACUUCUUCGCAUGGUCUAAGGGAAAUACCUUGGUCGUUACCAGCAAUGUUGGUUCUGGUGGUAGCACAAGUAAAACUAUCAGCUAUCUACCAUAUAGUGUUGGUACUUCUAUCGUUAACGUUCUUGACUCUAGCGAAAAACAUACCGUCCAAAGCUGGGGUAUUUAUGUUACUAUUAGCAAUGGUCAACCCAAGAUCUUCAAACGAUUAUAA